AACAACGGCAUCCUUCUUACAGGGGGCGGAAACGCGUCGCAGAGGGAAGGACUGCUUCCGGGUUUGCGCUUCAGGGGGAUAGCACGUUUUCGGUAGCAGCUGAACGAUGGCAGAUCAGCUACAGGAGAAGCUGCAGAAUGAAGUCACCAAGUACCAGCAGCUCCAGAAAGAUAUCAGCAGCAGUAUGUCGGCCCGGCAGAAACUAGAAGCCCAGCUCACCGAGAACAACAUUGUCAAAGAGGAGCUGGGCUUCCUGGAUGACAGUAACACCGUGUAUAAACUGAUUGGACCCGUGUUAGUUAAACAGGACUUGGAGGAAGCCAAAUCCACGGUGGAUAAGAGACUGCAGUAUAUUAAUGGAGAGAUAAAGAGAUACGAGACUCUGAUGAAGGAUCUGGAGAAGCAGUCGGAGCAGCACAGAGCCUCCCUGUCCAAGCUCCAGCAAGAAUACCAGAGGGCGCAGGGCAAGGGGCCGGUGAAAGCCUAAACUCCGCUCCCCUCCUGCCCUCUUCACUGCGCGUGAAAUACACAUCCACGUUACUACGUCAGGACUUGGCUUCCCACAAUGCUUUAGGAUCUUUUUUUGGCCCCUUUAUGUGGGUAGGAGAUGGGUUAUUGUUGUUUUGUACAUACAUGUACCGGAAUAAAUUAAUAAAUAACGUGCCAGCGGCACCUUCUCCA